AGCGUACGUGAGAGAGGUCACAUUGGUUCAGUGUUGUAAUGUUUUGAGAAUGGCAAUGGAAGCAACUUGCACAGAGGAGGUCCAACUGAGGCAUGUGGAGACAGAUGUCCUCAUCCCCAAAAUGAUGAGGGAGAAAGCCAAGGAGCGAUGUGCUGAGAAAGUUGAAGCCUUCAACCACUGCUGCAAAGACUCUGGUUUCUUCAUGGUGUUUAAGUGUCGAGAGGAGAAUGCAGCACUGAAGGAAUGUCUGACGAUACACUACAAGGACCCUGCAUUCUUUGAGCAGUGUAAGCAGGAGUACAUCCAAGAGAAACUGGAGUUUGAGAGGACGGGGAUCCCAUCAAAGAACAGGAAACAAAAACUCCCGACCAGCAUGUAAUGAGCAACGUGAGACCCAAACAACAUCCAUUUUUUGAAGGUGAAGGUGCAGAGUAUGAAGGUCUGGCCAGAACCAACACCGACUCCUGCACACCCAGGAAACAUGGACAUCUGGCAGGUUUAUUUACUCUUGAAUGUCUUUGCAUUCUUAAUUAAAUCUGUGGAGUAAUGAAACUGGUUUGCUCUGCAAGAGUGGUAUAUAACUAUAAUGGAUUUUUUCUGUUCUGUAUAUUUGCAAAUUGUUCUCAAUCAGAUGGCCAGAAUGACCUUCCUCCCUUUCCAAUCAGCAGCAUUCACAUUACAUUUACCAAUGAGCUUACUGUUAUUAUUAAAACAUCUGAUCACACAGUCAACUCCUGUACACAAACCUGGAAGAUCUUUAUAAAAGUGCAGGGCUUCAGCUUUGGGUGUGCAUAGUCAUAAAGUCAUAGAAUGAUGCUCAAUAUCUGCUUUGAGACUUUGAAGUGUGUUUUUAUUGUACAUGCAGUGACAGCACAAGAGAAAUGCUUGUUGCCUUUGCCUGACCCUACAGCAUGGUAAAUCAUCUGUAGAGGAAAUAGAAGUCCUUCUUUGUUACCAAGAAAUAAUUUAAGAAAGACAUGGAAAUUAAGGAUGCUUGUACAAUGUUUGGAAAAUAUCUGUCAUCUCACCAAGUAAUGAACUAUGUGUGAUCAUGUGACAUGCAAUGAAACAUGACAUUGUAAAUAAAAAUAUUCAGUAGAAUAAAGUGUAUAUCUGUGAUAAAUUGGACAAAACAAGG